UUUGUAGCCACGCCCACUCAGAGCUUCCGGUCCAGCAAGAGAAAAUGUCAGCAGUGUUGGCCAUUUCUCUGAAUUAAGGCAGUCCUCCCUCCCCUAGCAGUCGCCCGGAGAAUUCCCAGAAGUGCCCCCAAUAGACUCAGAGGGAAAAACGAAGGAGAAAGGGACUAGGAGUCUCCCCCUCUCACACAAAACGCUCACCGUAUACCCGUCCCCGUCACUCCUGGAUAAAGAUGGCUACCGUUGAGACUGUUGAUUGGAGACAAGCGAGACAAUGGCUAAUAGACAGUGGUGUCAUCCCUCCCACUCACAGGGUCACUAAACCAGACGUCGCUCUAGUUGAUUUUGCUCGGUCCCUUCGUGAUGGAGUCUUUCUCUGCUCGCUUUUGAACCGACUCCAGCAAGGCUCUGUCGACUUUACAGCCAGACCGGUCAUGCAGCACUCUUAUAUUAAAAAUAUCAAUGCAUUCUUAUUUGCUUGCAAGCAUCACUUCAAUCUCAAAGACAACGAUCUCUUUACUGACUCUGAGCUUUACGACGUCGACAAUUUCUCAAAGGUCAUGCUUGCGCUAUCAAAGCUGUCUCACACUCAGCAAGCAUUGGCUAUGGGAUGGAAACCGUUCCCGAACGAAGAUGAUAAUAAGUUACAUUACAAUGACGUAAGCGGAGAUGAUAUCUAUGCGUCGCUGCAGGAAGUAUCAGCUCAAACUGCAGUUUAUGCUAAUAUUCAAGAUCUCUAUCCCCAGUCACCAGCUGAUGACGAUUCUUACGGCUAUGGAAGUGAAAAGAUUUACGAUUCAGUCUGUUACUAUGAAGCAACUCCGGUGAAAGAGAAUGACUACAUUGAAAAGAAGAAGUCCAUCAUUACUGAGCUUUAUGAGACAGAGAAAAGCUUUUUAUCUGUUCUUCAGACCAUUGCAGUGGAUUAUUACGAAACUCUUAAGGAGCAAAGUCUUGAAGAACUUAAACAGAUAUUCGAGUUGAGUCAAAGGAUCCUCCCCUACCACCUCUCCCUUCGUGAUGGCCUCUCCCAGUGUCUCGAAAGCAAAGCAGAAGACGUUAGCAAACUAUUCCUUGAAGCUGAAGAAGGCUUGUUGCUGUAUGGUAUGUAUGCAGCUCAUUUGCCAGAGGGACAAGAAAGAGCUAAAUUCUUCCAGGCUAAGGGCGAGACCAGUAAACUAAUGCAGGCGACAAUGGAGAAGCAUCAGCAGAGAUUCCCCUUGAGUGACCUCCUACCAGUUCCUAUUCAAAGACUGUUAAGAUAUCCUCUACUCAUUAAAGAACUUGAGAAAUGUACCAAGAAAAGUGGAGCCGGCUCUAGCACAAAAUUAAAUAAAGUUAUUCAAACUCUAGAGGAUGUGUCCAAGUAUAUUAAUGUAACGAAGGAGCACUUUGAGAAGAUGAGAGCCAUACAAGAACUGGAGUGCACCAUUGUGGACUAUAGAGGACCCAAGCUAAGCGGAGAGUGUGGUCACUAUCACAUGGACGGUGAAUUAAAAAUGCUCAAACUAGUUGAUGGCCAGAGAGAAGAACCUCGAAGCAGAUGGGUGUUCCUGUUUGACAAGGUUUUGAUCAUAACUCACAGAAGGUUUAGGUUUCUUGGAGGCAUAUCUUACUCUGUGAAGGAUCAUCACGACAUUGGGGACAUCACAUUAGACUCCAUAUCAUCAACUAGAGCUAGAAAUGCGGCUCAUUCUUUUAAAAUAAGAGUUGAAAAAGAUGGUGGCAAGGAAGCAAUUGAAUACAUUGCUUAUGCCAAAAAUGAUCAAUUGAAAUUUAAGUGGACCGACUCGAUAAAAAAAGCAAAAGAUGUAAUUAGACCAAAGGGUGGAAAAAAAGGUCAUCAUAGUUUUGAACUGGUUAAUUUUGACUGUCCAUCGAAAUGUAGUUACUGUCAGAAAUACUUGUAUGGGUGCUAUUUUCAAGGCUACAAGUGUAUAGUUCCGGAUUGCAAGGUGAUAUCACACGGAGAUUGCAUUGAAAAGCAACCGCCUUGUAAUAAAGCCUUUCGUCCACCAUUGCCAACUCAACUUAGUCAUCCACCAUUGCCAACUCAACAUAGCCAUCCGCCUCUCGCUUCUCAUGGCAGUAUUGAUACUCCCGGGGGCCCAAGAUUUGGCCCAGUACCAUCAAGAAGACCCAAUGGAGAGCCACCAGGCCAACGACAAGUAUAUGUUGCUACACAAAAAUAUAAUGCAAUUGGUCCAAGACGAGAAACGUUCCUUUCCUUCGAGAGAGGAGAUGAGAUUAUCAUAAAGGAGAAAGACCAUGAGUGGUGGGAGGGUGUUGUCUUAAGAACAGGCCAAAGAGGUUAUGUUUCGCCAAAUUAUUUAAAACCCCAAGGCCCACCCCAACCCUCACCUGAAGAUCUGCUAGUACAAAUGAGACGAAAACUCUCAGAAUAUUCAUGGUACAUUGGUAUGAGAACUCGUAUCGAUGCUGAGGUAGCACUCCACAGAUCCAGAGAUGGGGUAUUCCUUAUAAGGGAAAGCAUGGAUAGACCAGGAGAAUAUGCUGUAGCAUUAAAGUGGAGUGGGAUGCCCAAGCACAUCAAGAUAAUGAGAAACCCUCAAACCGAAAGGUUCUACGUCUCAGACGCCUGUGACUUUGACUCAAUCGAAGAACUUGUCGACUAUUAUCAAAAGAACACUCUAGGCGUGAGCUUCCCUGGAGUGGACACUACUCUUCGUAUUGCGUACUCUGAAGCCGCAAGACAUCACUCUGUCUCUGGUUCCUCCAGUAGUUCCUUGUUAAUGAUGUCUCCGCCUCCUUUUGGUCGAGACGGGGGGAUUUGGGUCGAGGCUGUGUAUGAUUAUGAUGCGGAAGGCCCUGGAUUUUUAUCUUUUCAUAAACACGAUCACAUUAAAGUAGUUACUAAAGAUACUCAGAGACUAGGCCUGUGGCUUGGAGAAUUUAAUGGGAAAACUGGAUUAUUUAGAUCUGAUCAUACAGUGCCUCUUAACUAGGAGCCAGAGUUUAAUUAACUGUUUUAAUGUUAAUAAUAAUAACCACACAUGUUUACGCUCUUCCACAAAAUUCGCACUUCAUUAUAUUUUCUGUUUAGCAACAAUUUGAAUUCGAUUAUUGUGUUUCUGUAUGUAUUACGAAUUGUUUUUUGUGUUGUUUUCCCUCUCUUUCUUUCUACGUCUUUUUCUACUUUCUUUUACACAAAAUGUAAUGGCUAAUAAUUUUAGUUUUAUUUAUGAUUUUAAAAAA